AUGAAAUCAAUUGGCUUAUUGGGCCUAUUCUUUACAGCAGCACAUGUCCAUGGACGUCACCUACCUAUCAACAGUACAAAUAUAUCUGGCUUUUGGGAGGACUUUGAGACUUAUAAGACUAAUGAGGAUCUGAAGGAAGUAUGGCAUUCUUCAGAAGCAGUUGAUGAGCAUGGUAGAAAAUUAUUUCCUGCCUCUUGGAAGCUCUUUCAUAAUCCGGACUAUGUGGAAUCAAAUCGGAAAGGGUUGCUUGUUAAGUCACCUGGGAAGUAUGCUAUGAUUGGUAGAAAUAUCGAAAAACCUGUAAACUUAUCAGACUCUGAACUGUUGGUGAUACAAUAUGAGGUUAAGAGUACGAAAGAUCCACAUUGUGAGGGUGCCUUCAUCAAGUUAUUUCAUAAUAUGUAUCUGGAAAGCCUUACUAACUAUGAUAGAAAAGCUGGAGUCAAAUAUGAUCUUUUAUUUGGUCCUGAUUUCUGUCUACCAGAUACAAACAUGGUCCGGUUCGAAUGGAGGAAUAGGAAGGACAAAGAAGAGAAAAAACUAAUUUUUAGCCCCAAGAGUAAAUUGAAUGAUGGUCAGCACAAGAAUCAUCUAUAUACAAUGAUAUUGGAUCUAGGUAAUAAAAUACUAGAAAUACGAAUUGAUGGGAAAGUUGUAUUAGCUACAUCGCUUAAUGACAGUCAACAUUUUAAGGAUACCAAAUACAUGUCUACAACUGAUACUCAUGAGGAUUCAUCAGAGUUUAAUUUUUCAAUUGAUGGUCUUACGUUUGAUAUCUGGGGCACAUUAUCCGGUAUUGUGUUCAAAAAUGUAUAUAUCGGGAACAGUAUUGAAGAAGCAGAAAUUAUAGGCAAUAAUACAUACCUUCCCAAUGCUUUAAAAGAAAAUGAUCUCAUCUUAAAAAAGUUGAAGGUCAAGAAUGAUGGAAAGGUUCCAAAUGCAAAAUCCCCUUAUGAUGACAAUAUAUAUUCGCAGAAUUUGUUUGAUAUUUUGUUUGAUAAAUUGGUAGGUUUAUUGGAAGGGCUAUCGAUAAAGCAUAUGAUAACUGUGCUCUUAGUACUAAUUCCAUAUAUGCUUUAUUAUCUGGCCAGAAAUCAUGAAAUGAAAAAAAGAAUUCGGACGGAAGAUAUUGUAGAAAUAAAUAAAUAA